UUACCAUAUUUAAGCAUUCAAAGUAUUGUUUGACGUCGUGAAAUUGUUAUUGAUCACGCUGAAUUAGUAUAAAAUUAAAUACAUUUAAUCUUAUAGCACAUCGAUAAAGUUUCUUCAAGUUUAAAAAAAUGGCAGACGAUGAUUUUGAUGGAGAUGAGGUAGCGGAUGAUUUUGACGAUGUUGAUGAUGAUGACAAUAUAGAAUUGGAACCCCAAGAAGAGGAUGGAGAAAAUAUUGAAUUACUAGCAGCUGGCGAAGCUACUGGUGGUGUGCAAAGAUCAAAACGGAUUACAACAAGAUACAUGACAAAAUAUGAGCGAGCAAGGGUUUUAGGGACAAGGGCAUUGCAAAUAGCUAUGUGUGCUCCGGUAAUGGUAGAAUUAGAAGGAGAAACAGAUCCCCUGCAAAUUGCAAUGAAAGAAUUAAAGCAAAGGAAAAUUCCAAUUGUGAUCAGGCGCUAUUUGCCAGACAACAGUUACGAAGAUUGGGGCAUAGAUGAAUUAAUUAUAAUAGAUCAUUAAGUGUCAUUUAUAUUUCCAUCAGCUUUUAAGAUAAUUUUAGAUAUAUUGAAAUUUAUUGUAUCAAUAAUGUUUCAAUUCCUGUAUGUUUAAUACCUGUACAAAAAGAAUAAAUAAUAAA